AUGAGUCUCAAAAAAUUUCUUUUUGAAAAUGAAUCUGUGGAUGGCAUCAAUUCUCCAUCCCAAUACAUGUACAUAAAAAUAGUGCGGUUCAUGUUAGUGAUCGUUGGCUCCUGGCCUAGGAGAGAGAUCGGGGAGCCAGAACCACGAUACCAGACAAUUAUGCUCAAAUUAUUCUUCUUCUCUGUGGUCAAUGCUGCUUUAUACGGGUCUAUAUCCUACGUAUAUAUGCAUUCAAGUGAAUUAUCUUUUUUGGAAGUUGGACACAUGUAUAUCGUCAUUCUAAUGACUGCUAAUGUUAUGCCCAGAGUAUUUACUCUAACAUUAUCCCAAAAGUACCGAGAUUUGGCUAAAGAAUUCCUUACCAAGAUACAUCUGUUCUACUUCAAAGAUCAUUCUCCUUAUGCGAUGCUGACUCACAAGAAAGUCCACCUUGUCUGUCAUCUGGUCUCUCUCUGCUUACUCUUCCAGAUGUUAACUGGUCUUUCUUUAUUCAACCUCAUACCCAUGUACACGAACUACUCCUCAGGAAGGUACGCUAGUGGUGGCACUCAGAACUCAACGUUCGAACAAUCUCUGUAUUUCUCCUACCCUUUUAACACUUCUACUGAUUUUAAUGGAUAUGUCGUUGCCUGUAUUAUCCAUUAG